AUGUCAAGGGAAGAAGACGUCUUCAAAGUGCAGCUGCUGACAGAGCAUGCAACUUGUCCUAAAAUUGCCACAAAAUUAAGUGCUGGAUAUGAUUUAUACGCACAGAGUGAUGGGGUGAUUUUGGCAGGUAAACGGAAGAAAAUAGAUUUAGGCUGUACAGUGGAAAUUCCAACUGGAUACUACGGGCAAAUAUGCUCCAGAUCAAGUCUUUCCCUAAAAAAUGGAAUUAUGACAAUGGGAGGCGUAAUUGAUGCAGACUACAGAGGGGAACUGUCUGUUCUAUUAUUUAACUGCAGUGAGACAGACUUUCACUACUCAAAGGGCGAUAGAAUCGCACAAAUGGUGAUUAUAAAGAUAUAUACAGAGGCACCUAUUCUAGUAAUGGAAGUAAGUGCUACAAAUAGAUCAGUCGGUGGAUUCGGAUCAACAGGAGUUUAA